GUGGAAGCGGAGAUUACGCGUAUAAUAAUCCAGAUAGAAAAAGUUUUUCAGUCUUAGGGUCGUUCUGAAAUUACCGCUUACCCUUAAACGCGAUCUUCUUUUGUGGAUAGGUGUUGGAUGCGCGAAUGCUUCAGUGGUUAGUGUUUUUAAAGGAAGGAAAGAGAGAGGCACACGAAAGGAUUCCGUUUACUUUACUGCACAAGAGAGAAGGUACGAAGAUUCUUCAAGAAAAGUUUGAAGAGCGCUUUCACUGUCCCGGAGAAAACAACUGAGGGCAUUGACCAAUAACAAAGUGACAAAAGCAGCUGCAUUCUGUGUGCAUCAGUGUAGACAGCAACAGCCAAGGAAAAGUGGAUUGGAAGACAGAAGAUACAAAUUAAGGCCAAUGGCUCAGUCUCAAGUUCUGGUUUUCACUCUGUUAUCCCUAUGGGGCUCUGUGUCUACUGGCCCUGUGGCUCAUAAUGACUGCAUACUCUCCCCCAUCAGUGAUGAGCACCCAGUCCGUCCUUUCCUGGAGAGCUUUACUGUUCUGUCAGGGUGUGCAAGUCGAGGCACGACCAGCCUACCCCAGGAGGUUCACAUCAUCAAUUUGCGGAACUCGGAAGAGGAAUCUAGCCAGCAUGGAAGAGAGGUGACUCUUCAUUUAAGGCCAAUGAGCUCAAUCUUGAUUCACCAAAAGCCUCUGGCAUUUGUCCUUAACUCACCUCACCCAGUGCAAUGGAAAGUGAAGACUGAGAAGCUAGCACCUGGAAUCGAGCGCACAUUUUAUGUGUCUCAGGGAUCAACAGUGCAUUUUGACACCAGAAACAACUCCCUCCCAUUCAAGAACAUCACAGAGAAUCUUCCUCAUAUUAAUGAGGAUCUUUUAGUCUGGGCAGAGAAGAAAUUCACAGCUGUAACUUCCUUCACUGAACUAAAGAUUGCUGAGAAUGUCUACAUCAAAGUUGGCGAAGGCCCAGUAUUUCCCAUGACUUGUACUAUUGAGAAGAACUUCCUAUCCCUAAAUUAUCUGGCAGAGUACCUGGUGCCUAAGGCUGCAGAAGGUUGUCUGCUAUCCUCCUCAAAAGGGUCCAGAGAUGUUCACAUCAUAGAGCUGCAAGCUCCAGACUCCAGUAGUUACAGUGCUUUCCAGGUGGAUAUAACUGUUGACGUCAGGCCUCUUGAAGCAAACACCAUGGUUCAUAGAAACCUUGUGCUUAUCCUGAAGUGUGAGAAGCCAGUCAACUGGGUAGUCAAGUCGCAUGGAGUCUCUGGAAACCUGGAAGUAGUGACUUCUGAUGGCUGUGGGCAAAGUAGUGACACUUCAUCAUUUCAAGUGCUGAAAACUAAAAAGGUGAAAAAUCUGCCAUCAACUGCCGAGCACCUGAUCCACUGGGCCAAAACAAACCAUUAUAGUCCAGUUACCUCCUACACCAACUCUCCAGUUGCAAAUCAUUUUCAAGUGAGGCUGUCAAAAGAUGAAGACAUUGAAAGCUAUUCAGUUCCACCUAUGCUAAAAGUACUUCAAAACAGCAGACAGCAAUUUGGGCCAAUACAUCAGGACGGUUUUCCUUUUAGCAUUCCACAUCCCCUAGACAGGGACGAUGAGGAUGGUCGUGACAUCUUGCAUUCACUGUUUAGUCUACUGCCAUUUGGAAAAGAUCACAGCCCACUUUCUGAAGAUGUGAAGGAGCCUGAAGAAGCUCAAGGCAGUCUGAAUGUUGGAAUGACAGUGAAAUGUGAGCCAGACAGAAUGCUUGCUGUUGUGGACAAAGAAAGCCUCCAGGCUAAUGGAUACAUUGGAGCAGAUUUGACUUUGUUGAAUUCAACGUGCAAGGCAAAAGAAAACCAAACCCACUACAUCUUGGAGGCGCCUUUCAGAGGCUGUGACACAGCCUUUUACCAGCACCUUGGCUCAUUUGUCUACAAGAAUGCAAUCCUAAUAAACCAGUCAAAUAUAUUAGAUGGAAGUGGAUUGCCAGGAGAGUACGAAGAUAUGGAGCCAUCCGGAGACAACGAUUUUCCUGUAGAUCAAAUUGACUCUUAUCUCGGCUCAGUGAAGAAAGUGCCUCAAAAAAUUUGGUUCAACUGCACAUCUGGGGUACCACCUGAGAACAGUGGUCCGUCACGUCGACAAGGGCAUGGAAGAAAACCAGUGAACAAUGUCGUUUUCAACAUGGACCUAUACAACAACAGUCUCUUCCGCUAUCCAUCACAGAGCAUUAUUACUGUCAUGGAGAACAACAAGAUUUUUGUCGAGGUUUCCAUAACCAAAGAAGAACAAGAUUUAGGCUUUUUAAUUCAAACCUGCUUCAUCUCUCCAGACUCUAAUCCAAGUAUCUCAUCAGACUACACCAUCAUUGAAAAUGUUUGCCCAAAGGAUGAGUCGAUUGACUUGUACCCUCAGAACACAGACUUCCCUGUGCCACAUACACAGACUGAUAAAAAGAGGUUCAGCUUCAUACUGAAGCCAAAAUUCAAUGUGUCCCUGCUCUUCCUGCAUUGUGAGCUCACAUUGUGUACCAAGAAGGAAGAGGAGAAUUCACAACUGGUCAAGUGCAUCCCACCAGAUGAAGCUUGUAUCUCUGUUAACUUUGGGAUGAUAAUGAAAAUGAUGCAGUACAGAAAAACUUCCACAAAACCCCUGGUAAUGGUGUCAUCUAUAGUGAAAUCCACAGAAGGUAUGUAUAUCCUCCCUAACAGAAAUCAAGACAAAGCUCAUACAACUAAAAAACCUUCUAUUGUGCAUGGAUUGGACACACCGACUGUCGUUGGAAUCGCCUUUGCUGCAUUUGUCAUUGGCGCCUUGUUGACAGGAGCCCUGUGGUUUAUUUACGCACGCACAGGUGACGCCACAGUUCACAAGCAAGUGCCCACCUCACCCCCGGCCUCUGAAAACAGCAGCGCAGCCCACAGCAUUGGAAGCACGCAGAGCACGCCAUGCUCAAGCAGCAGCACAGCCUAGCGCCGGGGAGCCAAGCACCGCAAGGCAGCUUCACCUUUCUUCUUCGAUGCUACCUUUCCUGGAAUGAAAGAAAUACAUUCUUUGGUUUGCUUUUGAAAGCCAAUUACAUUUUUGUUUUACCGAAACCAAAAAGAAAACAAAUAGCCUGAUGUGUUUUCACCAUCUUCAUCCGUUUAAAACAUUCAAGAAUCCUGCAAGCACAUCACACUUUAGUGUGGAGCAAAAUAACCAAAGAUUGUAAAGUGACUUAAAGAAACGCACAGCCUAAUGGGAAAAUUAGGUCACGAUUUACGGCUUUAAUCUUAUUUUAUUUCUGUUCCAAAUGCUGCUUUUAAUUAUCAUCCUUUGAUGAUGGAAAUUAAGCUUUUAGGGUGGAGUUGUGUGAACCAGAUAUUUAAAAAAGCCUUCAUUUUGAUACGUACCAGCAUCAGAAGUAAGUACCAAAUUAAAAAUAGUAAAUAAUGUCUGCUAGCAAAAGUCUCUGGCAGACGUAGUGAGUUUAUUAUAGAAGUUAUUUAACUUGGCAAUGAGGAAUGUUUGCAGAAAAAACAAGAUUGUUGCUUUUUCUGACAAGUAAAUAACUUUGUGACAUGAAUAAGUCAGAUACCGUUUAUAUAUAAUAAUAAUAAUAAUAAUAAUAAUAAUAAUAAAUAUGCAAAUAUUGGUAGUAAUAUAAAAAGAUGACGUUUUAUCUUUUUAGUGCCUUUGCCUUGUAAAAGGUGUGGUUUUUGUUAGCCCCCAAUACAGACAAACAUUACCAGUCUGUUUAAGAAGGGGCAUUAACAAAAAAUCAAAGGCUGGAAUACCCCAGCAUGUCCCAUAACCGAACAUUAUAACACACACACACACACACACACAUGUAUAUACUGUGUAUAUAUUAAAUUAAAUAGUAAUGAAACCAAACAAAAGUUUAAAAUUGGGGUUAAUACCACUUCAUCAUACCUUUUAUGUGAUCUUUGUAACCGUUGAAUAAAGCUGAGCUUUACAAUUAAAAGCUGAGCUCCGCUCCUCAACUCCUGCGUGGCGCUUGGCAGAAAAAGACAAACAGUUGAUUUCUGUUAAGUUCAACUGUCCCAACAAAAGUUAUGACCCGAAAAAUGUUAACCAUCCUGGUGUACGGCUGGAUCAGAAAGUCCACCCAGUUUAGUGCAAUUGGAAGUAAGCCCAUUCCCCGAAUCUCCCAGUGCCGUUCGGUCUCCAGUCUCAUCUAUGGCGACACUCCCGCGUGUUUAGCCAAGUCUCUGGAAGGUGUCUGCCACACAACCCCCUCAUGCACUCGUGAAGUGCCACUUGUCAUUCGUUAUCAAGGCACUAUACGUGCAGUGGCAGACCCUUCAUUUGGCGUCGCAUGAAUGUUUGAACACCUGCAACCCUGAAACGCGAAUGCCUUCCAUUCCAAUGCUGGGUUGGGGAAAAAGAGAAGGUCAGAAGGGAGCGCGCUGGGACGGCAGGGAGAGGUAAAUAUCGGAGGAAGCGACUCUCAUGAUCCACGUAGACUACUUCGUCAUUGUCAGAAUGCAAAACUGUGUGUAACUUUAACAGCAUUGCUUGCUGCAGUCUGUAAUUUGUAGAAUGUAUUUUUUAUCUGAAAUGUAUUAAAUAUUUGUUGUAUGUAAACAUUUAUAGAUGUCUUCAAAGAAGAUAAAUGUAUUUUAGUAACACAGCUAUAUUUUUUACUACUUUGUCGACAAUGUGUGUAAAUUCAAAAUUAUUAUUUCAAAGUAUUUACAAACAGAGCCAAUCUAUAAAGUCAUUUUAAUUCAUGUACUGUGAAUGAUUAUGCUACGUUAUUUUUGCUACUACCAUGUAAAUUGCUCCUUUCAGCUGUCUGUCACCUUAAGAUUGUUGUAUAUAAAAUACUUGCUUCAGUUGAAAAAAAGCUUUCUACAAAUUAGCCAACACAUUGAACGUGCGUUUAGAGCGCCAUAUGGAUCAGGCCUACUACGCUCUAUUUGUUGUGUUGCAAAACCAAAGGAUCCCAAAAUACUAAACUUUUUUAUUUUUUGUAAUAUAUUGAAUAAAGUGUGUGAGAAAUACAAAGAUGCACACAGACACACACAUGUAUAUGGCGUUUGAACUGAAUUUGACAUUUUUUUAAGUGUUUUUUGGCCAAGAUGUUUUAAUGUCAUUACUUAUUCAGCACUCCAUACUUUGAAGUGGGACCCCUGAACUGAGACAUGUGCUAAUUUGAUGCCCCUUAAAUUUGUGCCAGCUUGGUCAUCCUCAUCUAGCUCUUUGUCAGGGAGGGUUUUUAUACCCACUAAUCUUGUCACCCUUUCCCCACUUCGAAUCCUUCAUUUUUACAAACCCAAUUAUUUUUUCUAGGGCCGCAAAUGUAUGUUUUUCAACCAUUAAUUUUAAAAGGUUCAGGUUAGGCUUAGGGAUCUUCUGUGGAUUGAAUACAGGAUGACCAAAUUGUCCUGAAAAUCAGGACAAGACCAUAAAUGAAUGGUCUGCUAACUCUCCCUGAAGUCAAGAAUAAACCAAGUUCAGUCCAGGAAAUAUGCAAACCUCCAUGAAGGUGAAUCACAAGUGCCUAAGAACUUGAGAAGUCGGGGACAAAACUGAGCAAUCUCGGGGGGUUCUGACAUAAUGGAGGCUUGUUAUGUUGGCUCCACUCUUAGUCCCAGUCCAUUCAUUUUACUCAGAUGAUGUAUUCUUCAGCGACACAUCUGGGCAGUUUUAUGUAGCCUGUCGCAACACAAAGAAGCGAUUUCCACCAGUCUGACAAUUGAGAGUGGAUGUGUGUCCUGUUGACUCAUGUAUUGUGUAGGAGGAACUCGUCUCCAGCCAUCCUCCUGUGGCAUCUUCAUUUGAUUUGAUUGGAUUUUCCAAACUGUUGUAUUACAUCCAUUGAUCUAAGACAAGGCAGGCACUCCAUUUGCCCUUAUUACUCUCACUUUAGGUGAGUUUGUAUUUCUUUUUUAACUCUUCUCUCAAUCAGAUACCAAUGAAUGCCUUGUACAGAAUUUAAUGAUUGAACAAACGUCUGCUUACACGUACAUUGGAAAGGACCCCAUAACGCAUGAGUUAAGACCCUCAUGUCAAGAGGCAUUUUAUCAGGCACAGUAACUGAAUGGGCUAACUACAUAAGUGUGGCAAACGCUUGCUCUUAAGAGUAGAGAGAUUCAAAGAAGAGGACAUCACAAUCCACACUGCAACAUCCAUAAAUAGUCGAGCAAUGUUCUAGCAAUGAGGACGUGAAACAUGAUUUCACUGCUCACCUUCGCAUCUCUCUCGAUGGUCAGCUUUGAAAAUUCGAUUCACUUUAAGGUUAAAAGAGAAAAACAUUUCUUCUUACUUUCACAGAGAUUGUAAAUGUUUCAUUUUGGCAGUUCUUACCAAGUGUUAUCUACCUCACCAGUUUUAUUAAAUAUUCUUUUUUUUUUUACUUUGAUGAGAUUUUUGAUGUAGCAGUUUUAUAAGUCCCAGUGUAUAUAGAAAAGAACGAAUGUAUUGGAUUAAACAAAAGUUAGCAAUGUAACACAUCUGCCUAUGACCAAAUGCAAUUUGUCUCAUGUUUUAAGCUGUUGAAAAGUGCCUUUGCUGUAAAUAGCUCUGUGUAUGUUUUUGUUUUUUCAGAAUAAUAAAGUUGUACCAGCACUCAAGAA